AUGAUAAAAGAAGAAAAAGAAGAUUGCAGUGUUAUAUAUGAAUUUGAAGAUAUAAAUGCAAACUUUGAAGGCUUAAACUUAAGAUUUAUUAUUAUAUUAUAAGGUACUAAUUAUUGUAAAAUUAAUAUUAUGGAUUGUUAAUUUAAGAAUAUGAAGAGUUUAGAUUCAGGAGGCUGCUUUAGUAAUUAAGCUUCUGCUGUGCUUAUAUUUACAAAUACAGUUUUUGACUCUUGCUAAAGUGGUAUGUUUGGUGGUGCUUUGUAUAGUAGUAGCUUAAAAGUAACAGAUCAGCUUAUCAUUAAAAAUUCUAAAAGUAAAAUAGGUGGAGGAGCAUUUCUAGGCUCUCAAUCUUGCGCCGGCAACGUAAAUGAUUUAGAAAAAAUUAACUUUUUUAAUGAUAGCAAUGCAGCUACUAUUUCUUCUCAACAAUAUUUUAAAUGCACUAAUUAGCCUGAUUAUAAUAAAAUGCCUUCAUGCAAUCUAUUUGAAUUAGAUUCUAUAUUUUAAUUAAAUACUGAAUUAGUAAAUACCUAAUAUUAUUAAGUCUAGUCUGAAGUAAAAAUAAAAGAUAUGGGAUCAUUUCCUAUUAUUUAUUAUAGUACAUUAUUUUAAAAUAUGAUAUAUGUAUUAAGAUUAAGAGUAGAAUAUUAAUGUCCAGAGAAAUAACUUCCAUAAAUAUGUAGUAUUAGGGAAUUUAAUGAAGACCAAUCAAUAGGAAAUCUCUAUAAUUUUAUUGAUGAUAAUGAAAAAUAAUAUUUUUAUAAUUUCGAAAUACCUAACGCAAAUUAUCCUUAUCUUUUGACUAGCUAUUCAGAAUAUUUUGAUUGUAAACUAAAAGGUUAUGCUUUUAUUUUUAGAUUACACCUUUUAAUAAAGGAUAGUUCUUUUUGUACACUUAAUACAAGAAAGGGCUGUUAUAAUCCAACAAAUUUGUGUAUAUAAGGAAUGUAAUAAAUUUUUAAUUUACAGCAAUAGUAAAUGUAAUGCAAAUACUGUGAUAUUGGAACUUUCAAAGACCAAUCAACUGAUCGAUGUGAAGUAUGUAGCACAGAAAAGUUUGAUAAAUGUUAUGCAAAUGAUUCUUACUUAAAAUAAAAUUUUUGGAGACCUUAUAAUUCUAAUUAUAAUGAUAUUUAUUUUUGUUAGUUAAAUUAGAAAAGUUGUUAGGGUAGUAAUAGGUCUGGAUAUGGAAACGAUUUAUGUUCUGAAGGUUAUAUUGGAGCUUAAUGCUUAACGUGUGAUAUUAAUGGCGAAUUUUGGAAUGGAUAAUAUGGAUAGUAAGGCUACUUUUAAUGUGUUAAGUGCAGUUCUCUCAGCAAUAAUGAUACAUUUGUUUACUUAUCAUUAGCUACAAUUCUUUUCGUAUUUUUCUUCACAAUAAUAAGUAGCUUUAGAAGGAUGAGAAAGUAAGUCUACAGAAGAUACCUUUCUUUCUAUAUGAAAAAGAUAUACAUAGGAUCCAGUUUUAUAAGAUAGAGUUAGGCUUCUGUCUAUACUAAAAUUCUCAUGUUUAAUUUUUAGAUGUAUCUCUUGACUUACUAUUUUGUUGAUUUCGAAAAAUAUGAUUCUUCUAUUCAUAGUAAUAUUUACAACUUAUUUAAUCCGUUAUAAAACUCAGGUGGAAUUUCAUAGGAUUGUUUUCUCAAAUAAUACUUUCCAACUAGUGAAAAUUUAGGAUUUAUCAAAUUAUUGAUUUCAAUAAUUUCUCCUCUAAUUUUAAAUAUUUUCUUUUGGUUGAUACUAUCACUUUAUAGCCAAAAAAAAAAAAAAUUUUACAAUUUUUUAAUGAUAAACAGUUUUACUUACAGCAUUAUUUUUAUCUUUUAAUCACCAAUAAUUUAGUACUCUGUUGAAUCCUUAACAUGCAUUAAGUUAUCUUCAAAUGAGGAAUAUUUAAUGAUCAACACAAGAAUUAACUGUAAAGAUAAUUAUUGGAUAAGUAAAAUGACGUAUUUGAGUAUUGGAGCUCUAAUUUUUUACAUUUUAUUCAUUCCAAUUUACAUUUUUAGAUACAUAUUUGUUAAUAGAAAAAAGCUUGAAAACAGUAAGAUGCUGAUUGCAUUUGGUUUCAUAUACGAUGAAUAUAAAAGACAAUACUAUUAUUGGUAAUUUAUAAAAUUGCUGCUCACAACAUUAUUAUCUGUAUUAGUUUCAUUUGGUAAAACUCAUAUAAUCUUAUGUUGCUAAAUAUAUUGCGCAAUCCUGUGCAUAUACUCUGUUUUUUUAAUAUUCUGCAAGCCAUUCUAAUAAAUUUCUAUGAAUAAAGUAGAAUUAGUUUCUAUCAUUUUAUCAGUAUUAUACUUUCUAUCAUCAAUCAGCUUAUAGUUGGAAUUUAGUUCAGAGAAUUAGUACGAUUAAUAUCAAGUUGGCAGAAUAAUGUCAGAAAUAUUUUACUAUUUAGUCUUAAUUUGCUAAUUUAUUUUCUACCUUUAUAUCAUCUGCUUGAUCAUAUUAUCUGUAUUUUAUACUUCAGUUUAAAAAUUGUAAAAAUUUUAAAUUUUCUAGAGGCUUUUAAGACUAUUUCCAAGAGCUAAACUUAAAGUGUAUACUAAAGACCUUGAAAUUAAUUUGUAGAGAUUUAGAUAAUUAGUUAGAGGUAUAAUUAUGGAUUAAAGUACAAAUCUUAUUGCUGACGAAAUAUAAACUUUUUUAGUUUAAGAAUAUGAAAUAAACUUAUAAUGA